CUGACCAGGGUAGAGACCAGCGAACAAACCACCAAGCUCAGCAUAGAAACCAUGAUCUGACAGAAGAGCUGAAAAACCUUCAAACUGACCACCAAAACAGAGGAGCCAACCAAUGAGUGACCAACGAAUAGACCACCUCAACCCCUGACCUCUGUCUCUACUGGAAUACUUACCUAACCCUAACGCAGAGAGAGACCGGGACACAGAGAGAGAGAGGACGCUUUGGACACCUGAAACAAGAGGAUGUACAGACAGUUUGUUCUGUCAAUCCUGCUUGCAGGCGUCCUGUGCCUGGUGGGCGGCGACACCCGCAAGACCCGCCUCCAAGGCUCCAUCCCCAACCCUUUCAAAGGGAACGGCAACACCUCUGACAAACGCACCCGUAAACAGGAAAUACUUGCCUCCAGCCAGGAAGCGCUGGUCGUCACAGAGAGGAAGUACCUGAAGAGUGACUGGUGCAAGACCCAGCCGCUGCGUCAGACGGUGAGCGAGGAGGGCUGCCUCAGUCGUACCGUCAUCAACAGGUUCUGCUACGGACAGUGUAACUCCUUCUAUAUCCCACGACACGUUAAGACGGAGCAGGAGUCCUUCCGGUCCUGUGCUUUCUGCCGGCCGCAGCGUUUCACCACGCUGACCGUAGAGCUGGACUGUCCCGACCUCCAGCCGCCCUUCAGGCACCGCAAGAUCCAGAGAGUCAAACAGUGUCGCUGUAUAUCGGUCUCCGUCGGUGACUCUGGGAAGCGGUGAUACUCGUCUCCCUCCUGCUUCUCUCUCUCUCUUUUUUUUUAUCAUCUUGGACCACCCCUAGAUACUGUCCAGAUAUUCCACUCACCUCACAGGAGACAGUUUGUACAAGACUCGAGUACAUGGAGGGUGAGGACAUGCAUUUUU